CUCGGUGAGAGGCCGUCGACAAAGGAAAGCCCAAGGGCAACAACAGUUCAACGAUCCCCCUCGUCAUGGGUCUCACCGUCGCGCCGCCCCCGCCGCACCUCUCCGACGAUGUCAUUCCCAAGUUCAACCUCGUCCACGACACCAAGGAGACCGUCCAGUCGGCCAAAUUCUUUGCCAAGGAGACGGUCAACGGCGCGUGGGCACCGGAACCACAACCGAAAAACGCCGAGACGAAACUCGACGAGGGGGAGAAUCCCGAGGUCCCCCACAGUGACCCUGACGAUAGCCGCGGGGGGGAGGUGGAGAAGCGAUGGAAGAGGGUCAGGACGAUUUGGGGAGACGAGCGGAACCUGUCCGAGGAGGCUGUCCGCCGCUGGGCGGACCGGUUGGGCUUCGCUCCCGGUGUCCUGACUUGCAAGCGGCCGGCUGCGCUUUUGAAGCGGUUUGAGAUGAUGGUGCCCGCUCUUCCGGUGGUGGCUGUUGGUAUUUCAUGAAGGUAUGAUUAGUUUAACAUUUAGUUAUUUUAGUAAAUACUACGUGUGCCGCCUUUGGGUUGGUAGCAGUAAUUAGUAGGUGGAUGGGUUUUGGUUUGCAGGGUUCGGGUCAUGGAUGGGGGGUUUUCAGACGCGAGCUAAUACUUUCUGAAUUAUCUUCUUCUCAUACGUUAUUGUUUAUAGUGUAAUUACACUGUACCGUAUAACUACCUAUUGGACUAAUCAAGCCUCCGAAUUUAAGAUUGU